AUGUCCACCGUCUCGUCAUCAGCUAUGAAUCCCCAGGGCCAGGGGAUUCGCCAAUCUGCCCGCCAAACCCGUACAAAUCCAUCCCGCACCUCCAAGACUGUCGGUCGUUCCUCCUUUGGCUAUGGCCGUGGCUCGACUGCUGAGAUCCCCUCCACUCCCCCUGUGCCUCAUGGCUUUUAUCCUGCCCUCACGCACUUUACCGACGCGAUAACCGCACUCCCACGCGAAUUUCGUCGACACAAUUCGUUAUUGAAAGAAGUGGACGCUAAAGCGUGGGCACUGGAGGAAAAUUUGUUGCAGCUGCUUGAGCUUUCAUCAGUGUCGCAACCCAUACCUCAUCCCCCCCACCCAGCUCCUAUUGUUGCUGGCGUGGUGCGUGAGGAUGUAAUACCACAUGAGCUUUCUCAGUCCGAAUCGCUCGACAGUAAAAACCGUCGCCUCCUCUUCGAUCGCGUGCGCCAGAGCCUUUCCGAUCUCAUGAUGACUGCCGAUGAAAAGAACCAUGUCAUUUCCAAUGCGAACGAGGAAUUGGACCGCCAGGUCAUACGCCUGGAUACCGUGUUUCCGUACAUUGCUGGUGAGAUUAGCGAGGAGGCUCGCCUGGGUAGCUUGACGCACUGGGCAUACUCAAAUAAGAAUGCCGUCAAGACGGCGGCCAACGAGCGUCCACGCCGUGAAGCAGUAUCGCAUAGGCAGGACCUGUCGCAUGCGCUCCACGAGGCUGAACCGGCUAGCCGCAGCGAAGUACGGCGCGAGGCUCUUGCACGGAAACCACGCCGGGUGAAUCCUGAUGCGGACUAUGAAGAUUCUCGUGGGGCUCGAAAGACAGCCACUACGAAGUCUCGUGGGGAUAACGCGGGGACCGAGCAAAAUGCUACUGCUAAGCGCCGGAGAGUGGACAAAGAACGACCUCCCGCUAUCGAUAUGGGUACACCAAUGGAGCGUACUGCCAGUGGCGCGACCAGCCAGAGAGCCUCGGCCAAAGAUGGAGUGGAGAAAAAGCGGUCUCGCGCUCCCAAUGCUGGUACCACUGCAGCUCGCAAGAAGACCAAUGCCGCUUCAAAUGCUGGAUCCCCUGUCAUUCCUCCCUCACCUCUUAUCGGGACCUUCACUGCCCCACGUGGAGGAGCUGGCAGCCCCGGACCAAACCCAGCACGCCCGCAAUCCUCUCGAACCCAGCAGACUGCGGGACAAACCAGCAAUUCCAGACAAAGGCCAUUAUCAUCUGCGUCCAAUCGCAUUGGUCAGCCAACCGCCAAAUCCGCCGACCCCAGAUCCACACCCCGCGAUGGCCCCCUCAAGAUUGAAGCAAUCAACAACGACACAAGCCGCAACUACGAAGGCGAAGCCGGUAUGCGAACGUCUGCACCAACAGGGAAACAGGACGACCUGGAUGGACGACCCGCCGAUGCUCUCGAGACCGAACCCAAAGGCCGAAACUCUAAGACCUCCACACCAUUACUACCAGCCUUGGGAGAGCCUGCGCAGUCUCGCUCCAGACCAACGCGGAGUACAGACCCUGCGCCCAACAAGCGCAAUGCCAAAAAGCCGGUCGUGCCGGUACCGGCGAUACCAUCUGACGAGGAAUCCAUCCACGAGGGCGACGACGAAGAUGAAGAUGGCGAGCCCCGAUACUGCUAUUGUAAUGAGAUCAGUUUCGGCGAGAUGGUCGCCUGUGACAAUGAUGCCUGUCCACGCGAAUGGUUCCAUUUGUCUUGUGUGGGGUUGACGAAACCCCCAGGGAAGAAUGUCAAAUGGUAUUGCAACGAGUGCAAGGAGAAUAUGCGAAGAGGUCGCAAUGGGCGGUAG